AUGCUGAACUGCACUUGGACUUUUUAUUCUAUGUCAGGAAAUAAAAUGAAGGCAGUGAUUAAAGGCUUUAUAACAGAAGAAUCUUGGAACUGUGAAUGGGAUUACUUCAGUAUUUAUGACGGACCAGAUCAGCAAUCAAGAUUACUUGCUCAUUUAUGUGGCUCCAAGAAAGAAUUUGUCUUGAUAUCCAGUGGUGCUUACCUAACUGUGAAUUUUAAGACUGAUGAAUCUGUGGGAGAAAGAGGUUUUAAACUUAUUUUGGAAGAUAUGACUCAGAAGCAAUCACAGAAAAGCAAUAUUGGGAUCCAACUGCCUAUUAAUGGGCUAACAGUAGAAAACAAUACCAGAAGACAGCCAGCCCAAGACAAAUGUGGAAUUCCUGUUGUUGACCCAUUUCUCAUGGAAGGAUCUGAGAGGAAUACAAACGUGUUGCCAGCCAAGCUUGGGAAGCCCAGGGUGGUUGGUGGCCAUGCCGCCCCUGCGAUGUCGUGGCCCUGGCUGGUCAGUCUGCAGUACCAAGGACAGCAUUACUGUGGAGGUGCUCUGAUUGGGAGACAGUGGGUCCUGACAGCGGCGCACUGCAACUUCAGUACUGUCACAGACAACCUGGUAAUAGGAAGAAGUUACCUGUGGAAUACAGGAAAUAGAGAUUUGAUACCAGUGAAAACUGUAUACACUCACCCCAGCUUCACACAAUUUCCUCCCAAUGAUGAUCUAUGCUUGUUGCAUCUGGAAAACCCUGUUGAACUAGAAGGUGAAUUUCCUAAAACGGUGCAGCAGGCAAAGGUACCACUGAUUAGUAGUACAUCUUGUCGAAGCUACUGGGGACUGGAUAUUAAAAACACCAAUAUAUGCGGAGGGGCUGCAGGAUCAUCCUCCUGUAUGGGAGAUUCUGGAGGACCACUGCAGUGUGCCCAGGAUGGGCAGUACAAGCUCAUCGGUAUUGUGAGCUGGGGCAGCAGUAACUGCCAUCCUGCCGCACCAACGGUCUUUACCAGAAUUUCUGCUUAUAGAGACUGGAUCACAUCUGUCACUGGAGGAGAAGCAUGA